CUGUCAGGUGUUUCUCACUCCCUGUAGUCUGUCUCCUCCAGUCAGAACGGACAGCAGCUCCACAGCACUAAAGCCAUGACGGCGUUCAGCACCUCACCCGGCAGACCCUACCACAUUAUCAUCUUCGGCGCUUCGGGCUUCACCGGACAGUUUGUGGUGGAGGAAGUGUCCCGCUGCGCGUCCGAGGGACCCAAUGGGAGCUUGAAAUGGGCCGUCGCGGGCAGGAGCAAAAGCAAACUGGAGAAAGUAAUCGAGCAAGCAUCUGCAAAUCUCAGUAAACCGGAGCUGAAGACUGAGGUGGAUAUUAUAGUUGCAGAUGUCAGUGAUCAGGAGUCACUGGCUGCCAUGUGCAAACAGGCUGUCAUUGUGCUCAGCUGUGUUGGGCCUUAUAGGUUUUUUGGUGAAUCUGUUGUCAAGUCUUGUGUGGAGAACGGAGCUCACUGCCUUGAUAUCUCUGGAGAACCACAGUUUCUGGAGGGGAUGCAGCUAAACUACCAUGACCAGGCUGCUGAUAAGGGGGUCUACAUUGUGGGAAGCUGUGGUUUCGACUCCAUUCCUGCAGACAUGGGUGUCAUCUACACCCGCGACCAGUUCAAAGGGACACUGACAGCAGUUGACAGCUUUCUGACUCUAGGCUCAGGCCCAGAGGGAGGCUGCCUUAAUGAUGGUACCUGGCAGUCUGCCAUCUAUGGUUUAGCAGACAAGGGCAAGUUGAAAACCCUCAGGAAAAAGUUUGGUCACAAGCCUCUUCUUGUGGUCGGGCCAAAAAUCAAACGGAAGGGUUUGCUGUUUUACAGUAGUGAGGUACAGCAGUAUGCAAUUCCCUUCAUGGGCACAGAUCCAUCAGUGGUGAAAAGGACCCAGCGUUAUCUGCAUGAAGAACUCAAUGAAACUCCGGUUCAGUACGGGGCGUACGCAGGUAUUGGUGGGAUUUCCAACGUUUUCAAAUUUCUCAUCGGUGGAUUUAUGUUCUGUUUGCUUGCGUUGUGCAGUUGUGGCAGAAAACUCCUCAUUAAGUAUCCAGGGUUCUUCUCAUUCGGCCUCUUCUCCACAGAGGGUCCUACUAAAAAACAGAUAGAGGACGCUUCUUUCCACUUCAUCUGUUUGGGAGACGGUUACACUGAAGGCCAGGACCCCAGCAAGGGCAAACCCAAUGGCAAGAUCCGUACUGAGGUCAAAGGACCAGAGAUAGGAUAUGUCACCACACCGAUCACUAUGGUUCAAGCAGCCAUUACUAUGUUGAAUGAACCAGACUCCCUUCCACAAACUGGCGGUGUUUACACUCCAGGAGCGACAUUUGCCAAGACCACCCUCAUCAAACGCCUCAACAAACAUGGCAUCGAGUUCUCUGUCAUUUAAGUGGGAGAUUAAACGCACAACCAGCUCAGCUUCUGAAGCAUCUAAUCGUUUGCUUGAUUGAACGCAGAGAAAUCUCGUUGCUAUAUGGAGCUUCCUAUACAGUGUUGCUGUUUCCAGUUUAGUGUGCUGGCCUGCGCACACUGGGAUGGUUUAUUAGCAUGCACUUUGUUCUGAUGACUGCGAAUUUUGCACAAAUCUUUCCAUUUAAUCAGCCGAUUCCGUUUAAAAAUUGGAUAUUAAUCGUGUUGUUUUUAUCACUAACAGAAAUGCUAGCUCUCGCAGAUGACAGACAUCUUUAAAAAGAUAUUCCAAGCACUCCCAAAGGUUGAAAGAAAAUGGUUUAAGAAACCAGCACUGCUUUUUUUUGUCAUUGUAAUUUGUUAGAUUUGUGAAUCCUAUUGCAGAACUGCACUAAUGCAAGAAAUGAGAAGAAAAAAACAUGUUUUAGAGACCAAUAAACCAGUGAAUUGUCUGAAAGAUUGCAGAAUACUGUUCUUGUUUGUUUGUAACAAAAUAAAGAACAUAUCAAACCGUA